UCAUUCAAUCUGAUUUCAAGAAUGAAGCCUAAAAUGAUGAGCAGAUAUGCAGAAGAGAUCGGCAACAACCACGAUUUGUUAACCCAACUCCUCCUCAGAUUGCCGACCAAAUCCCUCCUCAAGUUCAAGUGUGUCUCCAAGCAAUGGCUCUCUCUCAUUUCAGACCCUCAGUUCUGUCUCUCCCACACUCGCCACCAACAUCGAGAUGGUGAUCGAUAUCUCGAACCUACUGCUCUUCUGCUGACAGUACAGUGCAUCGCAUCACCUGAAUUCGAUGUGGUUCCUUUGAAACAUUACAGUAAAGUUCCUUUCUUUGAUUAUAUCUCGAGCUCUAACUUCAACUUGAUUCAAUCUUGUAAUGGAUUGUUUCUUUUAGAAUCCGUCGAUGGUGAUGAUGAGGACAAUGACAACGAUGUUUACGGCUAUUCCAUCUGCAAUCCAACUACCAAGAAAUUUAAGAAGCUAUCUUUUCCUAGAAACCCUAAAGAUUAUGAGUUUUAUGUUAGUUUGGCUUUCGAUCCUCUGAAGUCGCCUCAUUAUAAGGUCAUCGUUGUUCGGGAAGUGUCAGAGAAUCCAUAUAUGUUUGAGAUGGAUAUAUACGUGUCUGAAACGAAUUGUUGGAAAGUAUCCGAAUUCGUUUUCGAGGCCAAGGGUGAGGGCAUGGCCUUUGAGGAUGCAGUUUUCUGUAAUGGGAGACUUCAUUGGAAUAGUUACAUAAACGAAUCGCUGUAUUUCGAUGAUGAGAAGGAAAGUUUUCAGAUAAUGCCUAUGCCAACGCCACCAAUUGAGCACCAUCAGGUUCAGAUUCAUAGGUAUUUUGGAGAGAUCAAUGGGGGUUUGUAUCUUGCAGUGACAUACCAUGCUUACACCGCAUUGGACUUGGAUGUUCAUCAGAUGUCAAGCGAUUAUUCCCAUUGGUUCUUGAAAGACCGUUUGAAUCUCGGCGAUGCCAUGAAGGUUUUCUCGGAGCUGAACUUGGGGUGUCAUCCAUUUGUACCCGGGUUCUCCGGUGUGAGUUUUGUUGGACUUGAGAAAAAAGAUGAGGCAAAGGUUGUGAUAUGGGCGGAUGGUAAGAUAAUAUGCUAUGAUUUCGGCGAUGCGGCAUGGAAAAUGGUGUACGAUCCAGGGCCUGGUCUCAAGUUUGGCACUCAUCAUGACAUUUACAAUCAUUUACAUGAACAAAGGUUUAUUUCUUACAAAUACUAUGAGAAUCUAUCCUCUAUUUGAACAAUCUUCUUCACUCAUAUUUGAGGGUAAGACAUAUGUAUGUGCGUGUAUAGUGGAUUUGAUGAUGUAUGUUUUGAUUUGGAUAU